CAAUAUAGCACACACAUCGACUCUCUAGCAUCAAAGAGUGAUCCUCAUGGAAAAGUUAAGUGCAUUUCAAAUGAGAGUGAUACUAAUUAUACUAGCAGCCCUAAUUGUCUCUUCAGUAAAAUUGGUCCAUGGGCAGAUUAGUACACCCUGCACAACCGCUUUGAUGAGCACUUUCACUCCAUGCGCAAACAUUAUUACAGGAAGCACUAACAAUGGUUUCGCGCCACCAUCUACAUGUUGUGAUUCAUUGAGGUCCUUGAUGAACACUAACAUGGAUUGUGCUUGCUUGGUAAUCUCUGCCAAUGCUCCUCUUUUCCAACUACCCAUUAACCAAGUUCUUGCCCUCUCCCUCUCACGAGCUUGCAACAUUAAUGGAAUUGCUCUACAGUGCAAAGCUUCUGGUUCUCCUUUGCCAGCUCCAGGCCCAGCAAUUUUUGGAUCAAAUAACCCAACUCUCCCUUCAUCAAGUGCUGCACCUACCUUUAGUCCACAAGGUUCAGAAACCAUAGCUGAGGGUAAAGCACACAAAUAUGAGAAUCUGCAAGUGGCACAGACACUGGUGGCACCAGCAUCAUCACCAGUGGAAGCAGAAUCUCCGACCAGAACUCCAGGAAUCCGACCAGUUUUGACUACUCCACAUCCUUCAGCAUCUACCCCAUCUUGUGCUUCCUUGUCACCUUUUGCAUUCACACUCUUAGCAAUCAUGGUCUUUGGCAUCUAAUAAAUUGUUAAUGUACAACAGCAGACACGAAUAUACCUCACUUAAUACAUAACAUUGAGGUUGAUGCUCUGUUUUUGUAUAAUCUUGCACGGCCUUCUGAUUAUUUAAUUUAUAUAUUGAUACAUAACUCCUUUCCUUUUUAUGGGGUUUAAUUGUGAUGUAUUGUUACACUAAGAUUCAAAUCAUAUUUUGCCAAAUAGUAUGUAGAUUUUUAAUUUUAAUUAAAACUUAUAUUUUCGGAUGUGAUGAAAUCAAUUGAAUGUUUAUGUUAAA